GAACAGAAGGCCAAUGAAGAGGCUGAAGCUGCAAGGAAGAAUGCUUUAGAUGAAUCGAAAGAGCCUUCUUUAACAAAUGAUAGAGAAGAAAGACGAAAAGCUCUUGAAGAAAUGAGGUUGAAACGUGAAGAAGCGAAACAGCUAAAAUUAGGUCUUACAGAAAAUAAAAAGGAAAAAAAACCUUUAAGUAAAGAAGAGGAAAAGAAGAAAAAGGAAAUGGAAGAGAUACGUCGAAAGGACUUGGAAGAAGCUGAAAAGAAGAAGAAAGAGGCUGAGAAAAAGAAAACACCACAAAGAGAAGUUGGGCCUGAUGAAGUCGAAAAAGAAAAGAAGGAAAAAAGGCCUUCAAAGGAUGAAGAAAAAGAAAUGGAAAAAUUCCAUCAAGAAAGGGAAUCUAGAUUGAAAAAGAGGAAGGAGGAAGAAGAAAAUGCUAAGAAAGAACAAGAGGAAUUAGUUAGAAAAAUGGAAGCAGCUAAGACUAAAGCUUUAACUGAAGAGGCUGCUAAAAAGGAAGAACAAGAGAAGCGGAAAAAACAGAUGGAAGAGGAGGACAAGGUGAAAAAGCAAAAGGAGGAAGAGGGGAAAAAAUUAGCUGAUGAAAAAUCGACAAAAGAAAAAGCUGAAGAAGCAGCGCUAAAAAUGCAAUAUGAAGCAGAUGAUGUUGAUAAAAUGACAAUGAAACGUAAAACUAUGAAGAGACAAACAUUUGAUAAAGAUGAGAUGCCAGAUGAGAAGGCGCGUGAAUCUUUAACUGGUGAUGACCAAUUUGUUAUGGCUGGAGCAUUAAAAGUAGAGACAAGAAAAGCUAUUGGAGAGGAAGAAGAGGAAUGGGAAUUUGUUGAAGAAGAGGAUGAAAAGCCGAGGGAAUUGACUCCUCGGAGGUAUGAGGAAUCUAAAGUAGAGUUUGACGAUGUUGAAGAGUUUCUGAAUAAACGUCGUAUGCAAAGAUUACAACUUGAUGAAGUUCAAGCAUUUGAGGAGCUUCCUAGAGCUACUCGACAUCGGACAAUGCGGAAAGGCUUUGUUUCCUUGCCUGAUUCUCAACUCUUUGCUUCACGAGGGGAUACUGUAGUGUUUGAAUGUGAAUUAUUUAAUGAGAGUGAUACCGUUGAAUGGCAAAUUAAUGGGAAAUCAUUAAAUGAAUUUAACGAUGGGAGAUGUUCUAUACAAAAUUAUGCUUAUAUUAGACAAUUAACAAUUGAAAAUGUUGUUCCAAAAGAUAGUGGAUUAAAAGUUUCAAUUACUUUGGAGGGGCAAACUCAUCAAAGCAAAUUGACAGUUGAAGAGGUUCCUGUCGAAUUUGCAGAGAAAUUACCCAGAAAAGUUAUUGCAAAUGUUGGGGAUACAACGGCUACAAUCGUUGCUAUCUUAACACACGAUUGUGCUAAAAACAUUAGUUGGUAUCACAAUGGACAGCCAUUAUUUACAGAUAAUACUUAUCAGAUUAUAAAUGAAGGAUGCAUAUGUAGUUUAUUGGUAAGAGAAAUAGAUUACAAACUUGGUGGCCGAUACACUAUUAGUGCUGACAAAGUCGAGUCUUCCACAAUUUUAGAAGUACAUGGUAAACCCUCGAUGGAAUUUACCGAUAUUGGAUUACAACGUAUUGUAAUUGAUGCAAACGAGAAUUUAACACUUAAAGUCCGUCUAAAAUCUUUACCAGAACCUGAAGUCGAUUUGUAUUUAAAUAAUGAAUUGUUAACGCCAGAAUUGAGAACUUAUGUUACAAUUUUAGAAGAAUCUGUUUUAGUAACUAGAAGAGAAUUAAGUCGACAUGAUAGAGGAAUUUAUAAACUUGUUUUGUUUAAUGAAUACGGGGAGGAUUCGUUAGAAUAUGAUGUUUAUGUUAGAGAUGUACCUGAUGCGCCUUCUGGACUGAUGGUGACUGAAGUUGGGCACGAUUAUUGCUUCCUAAAAUGGAAUCCACCUCUAGCAACCGGUGUUAGUGACGAACGAGAACGAAUAACUGGUUAUGUUAUAGAGAAGAAGGGGACAAAUAGAAGAGUUUGGCAGCGUGUUGGACAGCUUUCUGCAUAUUCACUAGAAAUAUUUAUUGAAGACCUAGAUUAUGACACGGAUUAUGUAUUCCGUGUUGCUGCAACUAACCGAUUUGGAGUUGGAGAGUUUUCCAAAUUGGCACAGAUAACUACUGGAACUCCCUUCUCCGCUCCCGUUAUGCACUCAGCUCCCCGCAUUUCUCAUACUUAUGAACGCAGUGUGCGACUUGAAUGGGACGAAUGUUGGGACACUGGAGGUAGUCCUUUGUUUGGUUAUGAUGUUUUCUGCAGAAUUGGAGCUGAUUGGCAGAAGAUGAAUGAAUCUACAGUUUUUACUGAAAAUUUUUGGGUUGAUGAAUUUUUGGAUGCAAGCAAGAAUGGAUGUGUUUUUAAAGUAGAAGCACAAAAUUAUGCUGGAUUGCAUUCCGAUUCGAAUAUUGUAUCUGAACCUCUUCAAGUAGAUGAACAAUCCAUAGCUAGUCAUGCAGCUCAACACCAACAAAUGUCAGCCCCCAAAGUUACUAUACUUGGAGGCACACGAGUUCGCGUCUCCUGGGAAAUGCCGGAAUGGCUUGGAAGUAUUGCUGGGCCGAAAUAUUUUGUUGUUCAAUACCGAUCUGAGGGAACAUAUCUGUGGAAUGAAGUUCUCGAGCAGUACAAGCAGUCACCUGCAAUAGUUGAGGAUGAACUAAAGGAGGGAGUACCGUAUAAAGUUCGCGUUGUUUUACGCUCUACAGGGGAAACAGAAAAAGAAGAUAUCUCUGCUUCAGACGAAAGUGACAUAAUUAAAAUUUCUGGUUUUAAUGUUCCAAUAUUAACCAAAACUUUACGUGAUGCCCUUAUACCCAAAAAAGAAGAAGUUUGUUUAGAAAUUUGUGCUGUCAGUGAACCUGCACCUCUCUUUGUAUGGUUAAAGAAUGGGGAAGAGAUUGUACCCUCUCCAGAAUAUGACAAUGUUUCUAUAAGUAAUGAAGGUUAUGCAAGUAAAUUGGUUAUACACAGAAUGGGUGAAAAUGAUGAGGGUUAUUAUACGUGCCAGAUUAGCAAUGAAUAUGGAAUGAUUGAAACAAAAACAUUUAUUCGUAUGGGAAAAGUACAAGCUCACUUUAUCAACUCCUUCGCAGAAAAAAUAACAGCUACAGAAGGGAAAGAUGUAGUUCUUGAAUGUGAGGUUUCCGACCCCGAAGCUUCUGUUAGUUGGACCAGAAAUAAGCGCCAUAUUGGUGAAACAACAAAUAGAAUUUCAUUGGAGCAACAAGGCUAUAAGAGACGCUUAAUUCUUUAUGGAGCAAUGAAAGAAGAUUCAGGCAUAUACACAUGUGAAAUAGAAACAGCUACAGGCUCCGAUAAGAAAGUUCAAACAGAAAUUGUUGUUAGACCAGAAAAGGCUCGUAUUGUGUUUUCCCCUCAAGGAAGGAUAAUCUGCCAUUAUGGGGAGAAAAUCCAACUUUAUGCCGAUCUUUCUAAAAGCGCAGAAGAUGUUGUUUGGUAUAAAGAUGGAUUACCUCUACAAUGUAAAAAGUGUUUUGCAUACUUUGAGGGUACUAAAGCAUUGCUUGAAAUUUACAAUUUUGAUGAAUCUGAUAUUGGAGAGUACAGUAUAUCAUUGGAAGGGGGCGAAAAGAGUGCUCCAGCUAAAUUGAGAUUUGAAGUUUCGCCAAAAAUUGAGUUGCGUCGUUAUCAUCAUGAAGAAAGAAUAGUUAAAAUCGGAGGAGAUGAAUUUACCGUAACGGCAAAUCUUCUAGGUUGGCCAACUCCAAAACUUUCAACUCUUCUCAAUGAUAACCCUAUAAAUGAUGCAAAACAAGUAGUGGUAAAUGCUGGUGUUGGUUGUGGUGAAGUUCAUACAAUAAAUAUAAGAAGUUUGAAAAGAUCGCAUAGUGGAAGGAUAUGGCUUCGAGCUUCAAACGAAUUUGGAGAAGAUUCCUCUUACAUCGACUUGAAAGUUUUGGACGUUCCUUCUGCUCCCAUCAACCUACGAGUCCGUAACAUAACUUCAUCUUCUGUUGAUCUGUACUGGAAUAUUGCUGAAUCUGAUUCGUCUUAUAAAGGGGAAGAAUUUAUUGAAAGCUUUAUUGUUGAAAGAAAAACUGGAGAAAGACAAAGAUGGAGACAAUUACAACGAAAAAAUGCUGAGAGAAUAAAGACGGAUACUGGAGAAUAUGUUUAUACAAUUCAAGGGCUUUAUCCCGGUGAAAGCUAUGCUUUCAGAGUUUUGGCCUUUAAUGAAAUUGGGGAAUCAGAACCAAGCAAAGCUAUUGAUGUUGAUUUGCCACAAGAACAAUCUGAUGAUGAGGAAGAGGAAAGGAAGAUUGAAGGUAUUAGAAGACGAUUAUCUUCAACUGAGAUUUUACAAAGGAAGAUUUCUGAAACUCUUCCACCGUUGGAGAGACCAAGUAAACCAACUGUAAGCACAGACGGUCUUCAAACAAAAGCUAUUCUUAGUUGGGAACAAGUUGAUAGAGCUAUGCUUUACGGCAUCGAAAGGAGACGUUUAUCCGCUAGUAGUGAAACCGAUUUUUGGUUAGAAGUUGCCAAUAUUGAAAGAACAACAUUUAUUGACCGUUCAAUUUAUGAAACUGGACGUUAUGUUUAUAGAAUUGUGGCUAAAUUACCGGGGGUUAUGAAUAGUGAAGCUGGGACACAAAGCGAAGAAGUGUUUAUUACUGUCCAGAAUGUGCUUGAUGAAGGGGGCAGCAAGUCUCGUUUAGAAAGAAGAAUGGAACAACAUAGGUAUCCAGAAGAUUCGGAUGCUUCUACUUCGUCUUCUGUUCAGAGUUUGCUUGAUUCUGGAAUCCAAGACGAUGAUGGUUUCCAUUCUCCAAUGAAAAGUUUGCGAAAAAAGGUGUCAAUACCUAAAGAAGGUGGAAGCAGUGGCCGACGUGUUAGUUUUGCAGAAGAUAAAAAAUCUAGAGAAGAAAAACGGAAAGAAGACAAAUUGAAAUUUAAAGAGGAAAUGGAAGAACAAAGGCCUUCAUCAUCAUCUAGCUAUGAGUUUAGAGGGGAAUUUGAUAAAUUGGAAGGGGAAGAAAUGGAAAUGAAAGAGGAGGAGCCAGAAGAGGAGAAGAAGCUAAGUAAUGAGGAAAAGGAAGAAAAAAUUGAAGAAAAAGUUGAAGAAACUAACGAAAGUGAAGUAAAACCUAUAAGAACCAAAAUUCUAAAGAAGAAGACAAAAACAGAAAAGGAAGUUGAUACAACUAAAAUUGAGGAAAAUAUUGAAGAUAAAUCUCCAAUAUCAUUAGAAGAAGAAAAAAUAAAAGAAGAAAAGGAGGAUGUAAAAUUAGACCUUGAAAAGGUGAAAAAAGAAGAAACGAAAAGUGAAGAAGAUGAAAUUAAAGUAGAAAAAAAUAAAAAACAAGACGAACAAGGAGAAGAAAUUAAAAAUGUCGGAUUCGAGGUCCCACUUAAUGAUAUUGAGGCAGUCGAAGGGCAAAUCCGUGUUGAAAUGGUGGCAAAGUUGGAGAAAAGCACACGUGAUUCAUUAAUGCGUGCAAAAUGGUUUAAAGACGGAAAACUUUUAAAUACUCGAACAUUGAAGCAUAAGGCAUUAUUGGAUAAUAAAGGAGAAGCAAAACUAGUCAUAAACAAAAUUGAAAAGGCUGACGAGGGCCUUUACAAACUCGAACUUGAACUUAGUAACCGGGAACAGUCAAAACCUUCAACCCAGGCAUAUUUGUCUGUUAGAGGAAAAGGUGAAUUGCCUAAAGCUGCCAUUGAAACGAAAACAACCGAUACUGGACGCAAACCCGUAGGAAAAGCAGCGCCACAAGAAACACAAAAAACACCACCAAAAUUUGUUAAGAAACCAAAACCUAAUGCCGAAUCCAUCAAAGGCUCACGUAUCUGUCUCAGUGGAUCAUUCUCAGGCUUUCCACUUCCCAAACUUAAGUGGCUUCGAAACGGGAAAGAAUUCUUAGCGGAUGAGUUUAUUCUAUUAAAUAUCAAUUACAACGAGGAUUUGGAAUUAAACGAGUUUAUGUUAGAAAUUUUGAAAUUUACACCACCUGAACAUGAGGGGACAUAUACUGCCCUAAUUCAAAAUGAGCAUGGCAGCGAUUCUGUCUCAAUUUUAGUUUCCGAACUUUCUUUAGAGGAUAAAAUGAAAAAUUUUGGUGUAUCAGAAAAGAAGCUUCCAGAAGAUGAAAACUCUUGCAUCAACAACAGCAACAGGGAUGAAAUUCCCGAAUCUACAAUAAUAAAGAAUGGAGAGAAGGACUGUUUAGUUAAUACAAAAUUAGUUAAUAAUAGUAGUAAAGUAGAAUUAGAUAUUAUAAACAACAAAAACAUAAAUGAUGAUAAAAACAAUUCUGAUGACAACAUAAAUAUCUGUAAUAACCAAGACAACGACAACAAAAACAUCGACGACAACAACACAAACAACAUCGACAACAAAAACAUCAAUGAAAACAAAAACAACAAUUAUAAAAACAUCAGUAACAACGAAAACAUCGACGACAACAAAAACAUUAAUGAAAACAACAACAACAAUUAUAAAAACAUCAGUAACAACAAAAACAUCAAUGAAAACAACAACAAAAACAUCAAUGAAAACAACAACAAAAACAUCAAUGAAAACAACAACAAAAACAUCAAUGAAAACAACAACAAAAACAUCAAUGAAACCAAAAACAACAAUUAUAAAAACAUCAGUAACAACAAAAAUAUCGACGACGACAAAAACAUUAACAAAAACAGAAAUAUCAAUGACGACAAAAACAUCAAUGAAAACAACAACAAAAACAUCAAUGACAACAAAAACAAAAACAUCAAUAACAACAAAAACUACCAUGACAAUAUCAACAACACAGAUAUCAACAACACAACCAACAACACAAACGCAGUAGAUUCAAAUUCAAAGUUUCAAACAAAACUAAUGCGACGGAAAAAUGCAAAAAUGUCGACAGCAUCAACAAUAUCAUCAACAACACUUGCAAGCAUAAAUAUAGAUGAAGAUGUUCUACAACAAAAUCAACUUUCAACAGAAACAACAUCAACAACAAAUGGAAUAAAUACAAACGAUUUCCUUCUACAAAUAGGGGCUGAUGGAGAGCAACAAAAGUUUGAGUUAAAUGAAGAUGAUCUUGAUGAUAAUACAAAUAAAGAACAAAGACAGAAAAAGACGCUUCAAAUAAUUAAUGCAGCAAUAGAACAACGAAAUUUAAAAAUAUGCAGACCAAGAUUUUUUGCGCGACCAAAACCUCAUAAACAAGUUGCGGAAGGAAAGAGUUUAAGAUUGAAAGCAGCAAUUAGCGCAAAUCCUACACCCCAAGUUUAUUGGGAUAGAAAUGGUAUUAGGCUCGAAACAGGAAGCAAAUAUUCUAUUUUUCAGGACGGGCAAGUUUUCCUUCCUAUCUACUUUAAUCUCAAAAAUUUCAGUGAUUUUUUUCUUUUGGAGGUUCAUUCACUAUCAGUCUUUGAUAGUGGUCUAUACAAUUGUACAGCAAAAAAUACAGAGGGUGUAGCCUUCUGUUCAGCAAAUGUACAAGUUGUUGAACUAGCUACCCCAAAAUCUAGCACUGAAAGUUUAAUCAAAACUGAAUCGCCUAUUAAUCAAAGAAUGAAACGCCAAAAAUCGCGUUCUGAGCUAAUGGCACCAGAAAUUAUUGAAGCUUUACCUUGUGAAGCUAAAGCAAUUUCUGGCAAUCAAUUCAUUGCGGAAUGUCGUGUAUUAGGCAAUCCAAUCCCUUCAAUUUGUUGGCUUCACAAUAACACAAGGAUCACCCCAAAUUCUGAUCAUAUAGUUUUAUCAUUUGAUGGGGAACUAUCCAAACUAUUUAUUUCCAAAAUUUCGUCACUCGAUUCUGGACGUUACAUUUUUAUCGCUGAAAAUUCUUCCGGAACAGUUCGUUCGGAAAUGAAUUUGUUAGUUAAUAAAGCAAUUCGAGAGGAUGAUUUACUUUCUCCUAAAUUUAUUGAAUCUAAAGUCCGUUUACGACAUCAAAUUGAAAUUGGAGAUAAUGGAGUUAGUCAAAGAGAAAUAGUAUUACUUGCUGAGAUUAUAGAAGGCACAGAACCAAUAACAAUUAAAUGGUUUACACCAAAUCGUGUCGAAAUAACUAAUGACCAUUUAAAUGCUUAUCGUAUUGAUCGUGUAGGGAAGGAUUCCCGUCUAACCAUUUUUGAUGCAUUUCCUACAGAUUCAGGGGAUUACAAAUGCUUGGCAGAAAAUAAAUUUGGUACUGCAAAGUGUAUAUUUGAAUUAAAAAUUAAUGAAAAAAAUAAUUUUAACUACAAUUUUGAACAAAAACCACCUACUGUUUCCGCUAAACAGUCAACUAUUUAUGCAAAACAAGGACAACGUUUUGUAGAUCUAAUUUUUAGUGUUUUUGGGGAUGAAACUGUUAUAUGUUGGUAUAGGAUUGUCCAAGAUUCUGAACAACACAUAAUCCCUAACACUAAAAAAUAUGAAGCCAAUAAUAAAGAUAACGGACAAUGCGUAUCUUUGCGAAUUUAUGAUUUACAAAUUAAUGAUGCUAGUCAAUAUAAAAUUGUUGCAAUAAAUCGUUGUGGGGAGGCUUCUGGAAUAAUUAAACUUUUCGUUAACACAAACAUAACUAUUAAUGAGAACAAGAAAUCAGCCCUGUGGUAA